GGGCGCUUGUCAAUCACCCAGCGCGUCAAUCACCGGGCCUCCAUUAGACGGCCGCUGAGUUCUCUGACAAAUUAGCCCAUGUGUGCCAACAAAAGUUACAGAGGGGGGCCGGGUGACAGACCGUGAAGAAACCGCGAGCUGAAUGUAUAUGAACCCCAAGCUUUUCAAAGAGUAUAAACCCAGCCGAGUUCCUCUCGUCUGACGGCCGGGACGAGCUGUUGCUCGGUGUUCGCUGCGAAACCGGAGAAGCUAAGAUUUCCGCUUGACCCGGGCCCGAGCCGACGAAAAGCUCCGUCGGGUUACAGGCAGGCGUGGAUUACGUCCUCGCCCCGCUAAGUGAGUGGUUUAAUGGUACACUCUGCCUUCCUGGCUUCCAAAUGCACGGCCAGGCAAUGUAGUAUAUAGCAGCGGUGGUGGUAACACUAACAACUGACUAACGAGCUGCGUAUAGACAACGAUUCUAAUUGGUUCUUCACCUCGACCAAUCAGCGACCGGCUGUGUUGCUCAUCAUCCAUUUCUCUCUCUUCGCUUUUCUCUCUGUUUUUUUUCCAUCGGGGGAUGUUCAGUCAUAAAUGUGUAUUGACUGUAAUUGUUCCGUAAACGCUGGCAGGACAAAACAGACAACCUGUAUGGGUGGCCGCAGAUGAACUUGGAGGUGUCUUUUAGCCCACAAUCUGGUUGUGCCAACCCAACAAACAUCCAGUCAGUUGAGAGAAGUUCAGACGUCGGUGUAGUUAACAGUAGUCGGUGUGUUGCUCACGCUGUCUACAGCUUACCUGUGUAGACUUACCGUGCCCUACCUUUUUUUCACCGAGACCGAAGUGUUAAAAAAGGAAAAAUCAACAGUCAUGAUGGAGCGACCUGUCAUAGACAUGCAAACCAUGUCUUUACUGCGGGGCCCGCUGACCGAGAAGGGGGCACGGAAGCCGAAGUGCGCCCGCUGCCGCAACCAUGGCGUCAUCUCCUGGCUGAAGGGACAUAAGCGCCACUGUCGUUUCAGGGACUGUCGCUGUCCCAAGUGCAACCUGAUCGCUGAGCGACAGCGUGUCAUGGCCGCCCAGGUGGCACUCAAGCGCCAGCAGGCAGCGGAGGACGCAAUCGCCAUGGGGCUGCGGGCUUGCUCUCCCGGCACCGGGGGGAGCUUCGGCAUGAUGUCGGCCAACGGGCCACUCUUCGGCUCCUCAGACUCUGGGGACGAGCUGUCACCACGACCCAUGGAUAUUGUGGACGAGGACGGCGACCAUCAGGAUAUCACCGAGAAGAAAACGAAGAUUGAGUCGGCAAACGAGAAGGAAAAUGGCCGCGGCACGCCCCCUAGCAGCCAGUCUGAACGUAACAAUAACAACCGUCACUCGUCAGGCAAGAGCAAGAGCGAAUCCUUGGACACCUUCAAUGGGUUUGCGGCAAGCUUCGUCUCCAACUUCCGUCCAGGGCGCCUGACACCGAUCGAGAUUCUGACCCGGCUCUUCCCGGCCCAGCGGAAGGCCGUGCUGGAACUAGUCCUGCAAGGCUGCAACGGGGACCUGGUCAAAGCCAUCGAGCACUUUCUGUCAGCCAGCGAGGACACCCAUCAGCACUCCCCCAGCGGGGCCGCCCUUCCGCCCCCGCCCCCCAUUUCGCGCGGGGUGGUCGGGGAGAGGCCCAGCGUGGUGGGCCACGAAAGCUUCGGACAGUCCGGCGUCCACGGACUGCAGGCGGCCUUCCGGUCAACCCUGUGCAGCGAGAAGCACCCGGUGGGCAGCAUGAAGUCCGCGUUCACCCCGCUGCCGCCGUCCAGCGCAGCGGGAUCGUCCGUGCCGCUGCUGUUCACUCCGAGACCGCCCCACCCUUUCCACGCUGAGGCACUUCUAGGACGUACGCCGCUCUUCGCACCGUCCUCGGUCGGGGAUCUCUCUUCCAGCAUGUCCAGCCCGGCCAUGGCGUCCCCUCGCUUCGCUUUCCCCGCCCUCCAUCCCUUCCACCUUUCGGGGAAGUUUCCCAGCGCUGGGGAGGGGUACCCUCGUCUGAUUUUCGCCCCUUACGCAACAUGUCCCCCAGACUGCAUUCAAUGCCCCGGUAGCAGGACCAGCAUGCACAGUGAGCCCGAGAAAUCCCCGUCUGGUACCACAGACGGCUCGAUAGCCAACAGCGCUGUGGACUCAGAAUAAUAAAGACUAUUUAAUGAGACACUGACUAUUUAAUUGUAAUGAUUUGUUCAUAUUGAUGUUUAUGAGUACUAACAUGAUAUUUUCUGUUGUAAAACAUCACUUUUAAAGUAUUGGAGUAAUACUUUUGGACUAGUUCACAUGUGACGUUGUCAGUAUGUUGUUAACCGGUCUUAUUUUAAAUGCCGAUGUGAAAAUGUACGUAUUCUUGAAAAUAUUGGGCAAAGUCGUCCCGAUGUUUUCUUGCUUGAAAAAACCCAAGAUUUUGUCAAAUAUUUAAAAUCCAUUAUUAUUUUGCCCUUUCAAUUGAAAGCCGUUCCCCAUAGGAAUACUCAAUCGAUUUGCCGGACAAUAUCGAGACCACUUAUUAACUCCAAUAUUUGGCCAUCCAAUUGCCGUCUACACAUCCCACGGUUUAAAUAUCAACCCACGGCUGUUUGCUGUAGAAUUGAAUUAUCGACCCGCAGUAGUCGUACAGCGUUAACCUCACUACACACGUUUCUCAGAGUACCACAAAAUAUGAACAAGCUUGAAAUAACAUAAACCCGUGUUUCAUGCUGAACUUUUGCGUCACAAUUGGCGUAAAGGGGCCGUUUUCAGUUCCCGGCGCGAUUGUCGAAAGUGAAGACCUUAUUUUCAACAACGAUUGGGAUUAGCGUUGUUUUUAGAUUCAAGUCAAGUGUUUGCCUGUCCACACUGUCUCUCCAACCUCAGCCUUGCUCACUCUAAAAGCCCCCAUUUCCCGCGUGGCUCUUCAUAUAAAAGGCGCGAGCGCCAAGUCCCCCCGUGAGACCGUUAGAGUUGUUUUACCCAAUUUGCGGAGGAAUCGAAGUGAUAAACGGUUCAAGAGUGGUUCCGGCCCGAUGCUGUCGGCCUGGCAAACGGUUUAGGUGAGGAACAAAAUAGUGAAGAGGAAAAGAGGAGAAAGAAAGAAAAAAAUCGACCUCUCUCCCUAGUGUUAUUUCUGAGUGUGUGAGUUUACGUAUGCCAGGCUCAAGUGCUUGUCAGACUUGGGGGGGGGGGAGGUUGGUUCGUCUUGGUUAGAGAUUGAGCGACAUACUUUAAUGGUCUGGAUUCAACUCGUCCGUCUUCGUAUUGGGCCUUUUCCCCAUCUCGCAUUUGAAUGCGUUCCACGCGCCUCACAUGCUCCUGGAAGAGGAUAUACUCAUUGUCGGGGUGUCCGUCUUUGAGAACGCUCAAGGAAUUCCGAAGAAAGUUUCACCUUUUAGUUUAACUUCUCGUUCCAACCAUUGCGCGGCUUCUAGACUCUGUCGGUCUCAUCAAAUCUCCCAUUUCCACUUCAAAUAACAUCAUGGUCAUGUUAUUGUCAGGUCGAUGAAAACGAUAUUUUCAGUAAUGUUUAAUCCCACCAAAAAUUUUACAGUUUUUUUAAUAAAAGCGACCAAACCAUUUCCUUAUUUCUUGAUACUUUUUUCAGCUUUAUGAAGCAAACGUUUGUCAGAUGAGUCUGUCUUCACUUCAUACCGUGAUGUUUACACCAUCGAUCAACGUUACUGAAGUGUAACGGUGCUGACCCGUUCUUAAUUACGCUUCACUUGGAACUAAAACUAAAUAGCAAAUGGCUUUUAUACUAUUAAAAAUGUAUUGCAUGUUCUGGCAAAUCACAAAGUUACAAAAACAUCAUCGAUCUGAUGGCUAGUUUCUAAUAUACCUUUGCUGAUCAUGGUUAUCUGGUAAUCCUUUCCCGGCAUGCAGUUUGAAACGGUAGUGUACGCAACCUGUUGCACGUGCUUGCUUUGAUUGGCAUCUUUUUGAAGCCAUUCCCUUCUUAUUAAGUGUAAUCUGGAAACCACAAACCUCAUUUUCCUUAAGUGAAUGUACUGUUGGCGGUCAUAUUUCUCAUAAUGCAGAUAGUUUCUGAAUUUCCAUUUCACGUGUUUGAAAAGGGGAAACUGUGAUUGUGUCGAUUAAUAUCAGUAAUUUUACAGUGUUGCUAUUUUUGUGGAGAUUGUGUUUAAAGGAAUGGCAGCUUUAUCUUUGUUUGGAACAGGAUGCAACGGUACUCUAAUUUUGUGAAAAUUGACCCUGCUCUGGCAAGCUCUGGCGUUGUUUAACGUAACGGUAAAAAAACUGGUAUCACUAAAAUAAUACAGUUGUCAAUUACAACUCUCUUAGAAAAAACCUUAGACGGAAAUAACUUGCAUUUUUCUUCUCUCCUUAGAGUCAAAUGUGUACGUGUCGUGAUGCUUGACAAGUACAGAGAAAUGAAAUUGUAAAUAACUAUAAAUAUCAGCGAACUGAUGUAGAAGUUCUUGAUCACCAGAGGCCCGUCAACAAAGUCCCUCAAGCAGAGGUGUCAAGUUUGCCUAUGAAGUGAGUUCAGUUCGCAGAUUGGUGUACUGAUAGGCUCUGAACGCAGUACGAUAUUUUGUGUAUGCACAUGUACAUAGAUACACUCAGUUAAGGUUCAAAGUUGCUCUGUCAGAUGGACGGGAACCACACCAUUUUCUUAUGGCGAGAGGGCCAAUUAAAUGUUGCUAUU